UGCCAAGUGAAUACUUAUAUAUCAGACAAACACACUCAUCCCUCUUCAUCUUUUCCUCUCUUUCCUCUCCUGUGUCCAUAUGCAGAUGUCUUGAAUCUUUGUUAUAUGUGCCCAUCCAUGAGAUUAAACUCGCAACUCGUAGGUGGUCUCUGAAGCUCAAUCAAACCCAUUAAUGGUUACCUUGAAAGGUGGGACAAGACCACCAUGGGUGGGUCUUGGAGCUGCUGUAUGGCUUCAGAUAGCAUCUGGGAAUGCCUACAAUUUCCCUCUCUAUUCUCAUUCUCUCAAAUCAGUUCUGGGUUUCAAUCAACGCCAGCUCACAAUGCUCGGAGUGGCCAACGAUAUUGGUGAGAACGUUGGCCUUCUUCCCGGCAUAGUCUGCAACAAAUUUCCCCCAUGGGUUGUUCUUCUCAUCGGUGCGUUUGCUUGCUUCUUUGGUUAUGGGGUUCUCUGGUUAGCCGUCAGCCGUACUGUUGAGUCCUUGCCCUAUUGGUUGCUAUGGGUUGCGCUAUGUGUUGCCACCAAUAGCAGUGCUUGGAUAUCCACACCUGUGCUUGUAACCAACAUGAGAAACUUCCCUCUCAGUAGGGGCACUGUUGCAGGCAUUCUCAAAGGUUAUGGGGGGCUCAGUGCUGCAGUAUAUACUGAAUUUUUUGGCGUGCUGCUUCAACAUUCCUCUUCUAGGCUCUUGUUGUUUCUCACACUUGGGGUUCCUUUUCUAUGUAUUGUGAUGAUGUACUUUGUUAAGCCUUGUACUCCUGCUUCUGGGGAAGGCUCUGUUGAGCAUGGUCAUUUUGUUUUCAUCCAAGCUGCCAGUAUUUUGCUUGGUUUAUAUCUGCUCACAACCACAGUAUUGGAUAAUUUUCUUUCUUUAAGUGCUCCCUUAUCCUACUCCCUAAUUGUUACAAUGGUCCUGCUUCUCAUGGCUCCACUUGCUAUCCCAGUAAAGAUGACAUUUUACCCCUCAAAUUGCAGUAAGUUGGCGACACUUGGUCGACCUGUUGGCUCUUCAGAUAAUCUGACUAAAGCUGAUAAUGCAGACAAAACAGAACCGUUGCUAAUUCCAUCUUCAUCAACUUCAAACCUUGGAAGUUUUCACGAGAGCGACAGUGUCUCAGAUGUGGAUAUGCUUCUUGCCGAGGGAGAGGGGGCGGUGAAGAAGAAGAGGAGGCCCAAAAGAGGGGAGGAUUUCAAGUUUUGUGAAGCAUUAAUCAAGGCGGAUUUCUGGCUUCUUUUAUUUGUUUACUUUGCUGGGGUUGGUUCAGGGGUUACUGUUCUCAAUAACCUGGCUCAGAUAGGAAUAGCUCAAGGUGUACACAAUACAACAAUGCUGCUGUCGAUCUUCAGCUUUUUCAAUUUUGUGGGUCGUCUUGGUGGGGGAGCAGUCUCUGAGCUAUUUGUCAGGUCAAAAGCAAUCCCCAGGACAAUUUGGAUGACAUUCACACAAGUAAUAAUGAUCAUUACAUAUCUCCUGUUUGCUUCUGCUCUGGAUGGUACUCUUUAUGUUGCAACUGCAUUACUUGGAAUAUGCUUCGGUGUCCAGUUUUCUAUCAUGAUCCCGACGGCGUCUGAGCUUUUCGGCUUGAAGCAUUUUGGUAUUAUUUACAACUUCAUGUCACUAGGGAACCCUCUUGGUGCUUUUCUUUUCUCAGGUCUCCUUGCUGGUUACUUAUAUGAUGUAGAGGCAGCGAAGCAGCAUGCUGUGUCUUGCUUGGGUCCAAAUUGCUUUAGGCUUACUUUCCUUGCUCUGGCUGGUCUUUGUGGUUUCGGCACCAUUCUUAGCAUAAUUUUGACUAUGAGAAUUAGGCCCGUUUACCAAAUGCUUUAUGCCGGUGGCUCGUUCCGGCUCCCCCAAAGUUCCAAUCACUGAGAUGAUCGGAAAAUCUGUGCUUCUUGGACUUGCAUCAAUUAAGAGAAUGUAGUAAGACCACCAUGUUAGCAAUUUUGUACAUCUGGUCUGUAACUUAUGCAUAUUAUCCUUGUUAGAACUCAACAGUUUUCAGUAUAUGAUAUCCACGUGGGGUUUGGGUCCUAUGGGUUUACUGUAAUAUUAAUAUAGCUCUUGAUUCAUCUGAAAAUAUAAUUUGGGCUACUAUAUGAGUGAACUUUCAGGUGAAACUAUGACAAAUAAAUGAUCAUUGUUUUGAUUAUGGU